GGAGGUCUUCUCAGUUCUACGCAGAUUCCACAUAUUAAAAGUUUUGAUUGCCGCUUGUGUCCCUUACAGCUUAUAUAUAUAUACAUAUCUUAACCACUCCAACUCUCACAAAUCAAAAUUUGGGUCAGAUUAAGGGAUUGAAAGAAGCCAGAAAUGAAGAUGAAGAUUGUGAUCAAUGUACCACUGCGUAAAGAGAAGGCCAAAUCCAAGGCCAUGAAGAUUGCUGUGGCUGAAGAAGGAGUGACCUCAGUGAGCAUUGGAAAAGAAAAUGAUCAGCUUGAAGUGGUCGGAGUAGGGGUUGAUUCUGUGUGUUUGGUAAAAUCUCUUAGGAAGAAAUUCUGUUUUGCUGAUAUUUUAAGCAUUGCAGAAGUGAAGCCAGCCGCAGCGGCAGCGGCAUCGCCAUCGCCAUCGCCGGAUAAAUGUCCGCUGCCACUUUGUAUGUUUCCGCCGCCACCUUUCCAACCUUUAUACGAGUGCCACUAUUAUGAUCCUGAAAAUCCUAGUUGUUACAUUAUGUAAUAAAUCAACUUGUGUAUUAAUAAUUAUUCCAAAAUUAAACCUUUGUAUGAUUUGUAAUAGAAGAAUCUCAGUUUGUACUUUUAAUUGUAGACUGAACUACAUAAAUGGUACCUGAUCUUUCACUUUCUCA